AUGGGACCGAACAAAACCCUCGAGAUGCCCCCUUCCGGAGCCUCGCUUCCCAUCGUUGACGUUGAAAAGGCGGCAUCAGAAGACGCAAGGACACGCUCGACGAGACCAGAGGACCAGAGGUUACCAACCAGCACCACUACCGACAACAAGAUGAACUCGUCGAGGCGCGCUCUCUUGAGCGUCACUCUGUGCCUCUUGUUCUUCUUCGGCUUGACAUCGGCCGGUCCAUCGAAAUGGCAGCAGAGGGUUCAGUGUCAUGAGGGAGCUGCAUCGGCAGAGGGCGAGAAUUUCCAGUCCCUGCUGGAUGCGGCAUCGAAAGACUCUCUUCACAACAUCCUUCACAAAGCAUUUCCUGGGCGGUUCCAGCACGGAGUAUGGGAGUCGGAGAAGCAAGCCAUCGAGGCCGUUCACCGGGACAACGCCCCUCUUGCGACAGCAGUCUUGCGCAUGGCCAAGCGUGAUGACUCGAACACCACCAUCGCUUCGUCAACUCAGCAACCGACUUCUUCGGCCUCAUCCAGCGCUCAGGCUACUUCGUCGUCAAGCUCCGCGCAGCAAGUCACCACCAGCUCUUCGUCAUCGAGUGUACCUGCGCCCGAGCCGUCAACCACCACCCAGGCUCCCCCCGUCACUAUCACCACUACUUCGACCACUUCGACCACCUCGACCAUUUCAACCACGUCGACCACUUCGAUCAAGUCAACAUCCUCCUCGGCACCUCAGGCUAGCCCCAGCUCAACUGGUACGUCCGUGAGCGAGAGUGAGAGAACUCUCGUCCUGAUAUCAACGUCGUCUUCUGCGUCUUCUGUGACGUCUUCUGCGUCUUCUGUGUCGUCUUCCGAGCCGUCUUCUGAAGCCGGAGUGUCUUCCACCACUUCUUCUUCAUCUGUCUCUUCAACCACCUUGAGCACCACCUCCAAGGCCAAGCCCCAGACAACCGAGCAACCACAGACCACCCAGCAGCCUCAACAACCCAACGAGCCCAUGAUCCCCAGCUCCAAGGUCAUCGUCCAGACUUUGACCUCAACCUCGGACGGCGUCGAGGUCGUCGUGACCCAGACCAGCACCGUCCGCGUCGACCUUACCCCCACAGUGGGCGCCGGCACCACCAGGGCGUCUCCCAGCCUUCAGACCGAGAAUGCGGCCUCUUCUCUCCAGCAGCAGCCGGGAUCGGGGCGGUGGCUGAUGGUCGUUGAGGCUGUCGUGUUGGGAGCGCUAUUGUUCGGCUUUGCUCUUGCUUGA